GUAAUGAAGGCCCCCAUGUCCCAACUGGUGCCACUGGUCACCACGGGGUCCCACCCCACCCUCCCUCCCCCCACAGUCGGCCCUCUGACGGUGACCUUCAGCCGUGUGCCCACCCUGGAGCAGAUCCAGGCCAAGAACCCAGCGGUGCAGCCAGGCGGUCGCUACCAACCCCAAAGCUGUGAGCCCCGUUCCCGCACCGCCGUCAUCGUCCCGCACCGCAACCGCGAGACUCACCUGGGCCACCUCCUCUACUACCUGCACCCCUUCCUGCAGCGCCAGCAGCUGCACUACGGCAUCUACGUGGUGCACCAGGCGGGGAACAGCACCUUCAACCGCGCCAAGCUGCUGAACGUGGGGGUGAAGGAGGCCCUGAAGGACGAGGAGUGGGAUUGCCUCUUCCUGCACGACGUCGACCUCAUCCCCGAGAACGACCACAACCUCUACACCUGCGACCCCUGGAACCCCAAACACGUCUCCAUUGCCAUGAAUAAAUUUGGGUACAGGUGAGCCCUUCUGCGACCUUCCAGGACCCUUCCAACCCAACCGUGCUGCGAUCCCGUGGUUCUUUGAUCUGUAGGGUCGCUCUCAACCCAACCAUUCCACGAUUCAAUGCUUCUGUGAUCUUUAAGAUCCCUUCCAACCCACCUAUGCUGUGAUCCCAUUGUUCUGUGAUCUUUUAGGACCCUUCCAAUCCGACCGUGCUUUGAUCCCAUUGUUUUAUGACCUUUAAGGACCCUUCCAGCCUAAUUAUGCCAUCAUUCCAUGCUUCUUUGAUCUGUAGGGUCGCUCUCAACCCAAUCAUUCCAUGAUUCAAUGGUUCUGUGAUCUUUAAGGACCCUCCCAACCCAACCACACUGUGAUCCCA